AGUGUGUACCUGAAGCUCCAAAUGCUUGCAUUAUAGGCAGUUACCUAAUUUAACCUUAAUGACCAAUGACCAUAUAAGGUCUCUCUCUCCUCCCGUUGCUUGGGGGUGGUGCGGAAGGAACAUCUCCCAGUCUGCAUCCUGCUCUCUCUCGGGUCCGCUUAGGGAUCAUCCCACCGGUGAAGCCACGAGGGGCUCUGCAAAGACAUGAAUCACCAAAGUUCUUCUUACCAACCGGAUCUAGCUCUGAAGACGGAACGGCACUUGAUUAGCUAACUUAAGAUGAUGAAGAGGCAGAACGUGCGCACGCUCGCUUUAAUUAUUUGCACCCUGUCCUAUUUGCUAAUUGGAGCGGGAGUCUUCGACGCGCUGGAGUCGAAGCAAGAAAAAAGCCAGCGGAGAAAGCUGAACUAUCGCAAGUUUCAGCUUAUGAGCAGGUACAAUCUGUCCAAAAACGACUACGAGCAGAUAGAGAAAGUGGUCUUGCUUCUAAAGCCGCACAAAGCCGGGGUUCAGUGGAAGUUCGCCGGCUCUUUUUACUUCGCCAUCACUGUGAUAACGACCAUAGGUUAUGGCCAUGCUGCCCCCAGCACAGAUGCAGGGAAAGCGUUCUGCAUGGGCUAUGCGCUUCUGGGCAUUCCACUCACUCUAGUGAUGUUCCAGAGUCUGGGUGAACGCAUUAACACCUUUGUCCGCUUUCUGCUACACAAAGCCAAGAAAUGCGUGGGUCUGAAAAGACCAGAGGUCUCCAUGGCCAAUAUGGUGACGAUCGGCUUCUUCUCUUGUGUUGGCACUCUUUGCAUUGGGGCAGGAGCCUUCUCGCAUUAUGAGGGCUGGAGCUACUUCCAUGCCUUCUACUACUGCUUCAUUACUCUGACAACCAUUGGUUUUGGGGAUUACGUGGCCCUGCAGAAGGACAAUGCACUCCACAAUGACCCCCAUUACGUGGCCUUUAGCUUUGUCUACAUUCUGAUGGGCCUGACUGUGAUUGGUGCCUUCCUCAACCUUGUAGUGCUGCGUUUUAUGACCAUGAAUGCAGAAGAUGAGAAGAGGGAUGCAGAACAACGGGCUCUACUCUCCAAAGACAAGAAGAAAGUGCAGCCUCCUCGCCACACCAACCUCCAAACCUUACAGACAGAGGAGCAGGAUUCUAAGAGGCAAGGACUAAAGAGUGUCUAUGCCGAGGUCCUUCACUUCCAGACAGUUUGCUCCUGCUUGUGGUAUAAAAGUCGGGAGAAGAUGGUGAUGCUUCCACAGGACAUGUCAUUCAGUGAUGCGCUCAUGGAGCAGGGUAAUUUCUUUGAGCCGGACUCCACAGGCUGUGUGUGUAGCUCCCAGCGCUGUUCAGCCAUUAGCACUGUGUCCACUGAUGUCAGGAGCAUCUCCCCUUACAGACUGCUCUCCAAGAGACGCAGCUCCGUUUAGAUGUGUAGCACGGGUGGCAGAUGAUAGACAGAAAUUUGAAAAUACACUGCUACUGUAUGUUUUUGCGAUGCAUGCAUGCAUUCGACUACAGAUGCUGGAGCACAGCCCUUGAAGAGUAGAGUGGAAAUUAUCGUGUCUUAAGGACACAGUACCUCUUACAUGUGUCACGUGUGUGUGAAAUUAAUUGUCUCCUCCUGAGACCAUAUAAACUUUAAAGAAAGUAAUAAUGGACUUUGUGCUACUUCAUAUUUACAUUAUACUCCCUGACAUGGUGCAAUAUGAUGUGCAAAACAUAAUUUCAACAGUGCUUUAUUAAGACAAUACCAAUAGCAUACCUUAUUAUCUCUCGAACCUCAAAUUUUAUUACAAAUUAAUGAUCACAUAUUGUGUCAGUCAAGUUCUUACUGUUUUGUGAACACAGGUUUUAUAUCUGUGUGAUGUCAUCAUUUAAUCACAUUCAUUCAAAUUUCUAUGCUGCACAAUGUGCUAUAAGCAACUUUGCAACAAUAUUCUGUUUUAA